UCCUUCCAUAAAAAAAAAACAAAAAUUGAGGUGGGGUAUAUAAGCCUGAAAAGGAAAAUGAGAAAGAACAAACUUGUGGACAUGUUUUAAUUUCAGCCAGAGCCAUCUCUAUAUUCAUCUUCUUGCAAUUCAGAUCAACCAUGUCCACCAACUAUUCACUUUCAACACUUUCCAUUUUUGUAGGAUCUCCUCUUCCAGCUAAACAUUUUCAUACUCUAGAAGAUGUCUCUAACAAUUAAGCUACAAUUAAACAACAUUAGUACUAGUAGUAUUACAUGCCUCAAUCUCAAUCCCAGCACCAAAAAGAUUCAUAAAGGUCCAAACUUUAUUGUAUCCAAACCUAUUUACCAUUCAAAUUUGCUAACCCCAUAUGUAUUUCAUCAAAAGAUCACACCUUUAAAGCAAAUGUCGUCAAUUAAAAGCUCUUUGAUUGACCCUGAUGGUGGUUCUCUGGUUGAUCUUGUGGUGCCUGAGGCACAGAGGGCUGUUAAGGCUUCUGAGGCCGAGUCUUUGCCGAAAGUGAAGCUGACCAAGAUUGAUUUUGAAUGGGUUCAUGUGAUUAGUGAGGGUUGGGCUAACCCAUUGAAAGGGUUUAUGAGGGAGAAUGAGUAUUUGCAGAGCUUGCAUUUCAAUUCUUUGAAAAUGGAAGAUGGGUCUGUUGUUAAUAUGUCACUUCCCAUUGUUUUGGCUAUUGAUGACGAUGCUAAACAGACUAUUGGGAGCUCUCCUGAUGUUGCAUUGCUCGGGCCUAAUCAGGAUUUGGUCGCAAUUCUUAGGAGGGUUGAAAUUUAUAAACAUAACAAAGAAGAAAGAAUUGCUAGAACAUGGGGAACUGUUGCUCCAGGAUUACCUUAUGUAGAGGAGGUAAUUACUCCAGCUGGAAAUUGGCUAAUUGGUGGAGAUCUCGAGGUUUUAAAACCUAUCAAAUACAAUGAUGGUCUUGAUCACUACAGACUGUCUCCCCAACAACUCAGAAAAGAAUUUGAUCGUCGUCAGGCCGAUGCAGUGUUUGCUUUUCAAUUAAGGAAUCCUGUGCACAAUGGUCAUGCAUUGCUAAUGAAUGACACAAGAAGGAGACUUUUAGAAAUGGGUUACAAAAAUCCAAUUCUUUUGCUUCAUCCUUUGGGAGGUUACACAAAGGCUGAUGACGUGCCUCUGGAUGUUCGUAUGGAACAACAUAGCAAGGUCUUAGAAGAUGGAGUCCUUGACCCUGAGACUACGAUUGUAGCUAUAUUUCCAUCUCCGAUGCAUUAUGCUGGUCCAACAGAAGUACAAUGGCAUGCCAAAGCAAGGAUUAAUGCUGGUGCUAAUUUCUACAUUGUUGGUCGUGAUCCCGCUGGUAUGGGCCAUCCAACGGAAAAGAGGGAUCUAUAUGAUCCUGAUCACGGGAAAAAGGUUCUCAGCAUGGCUCCUGGACUAGAGAAGUUGAACAUUCUGCCAUUCAAGGUGGCAGCAUAUGAUACAGUGGAAAAGAAAAUGGCAUUCUUUGAUCCAUCACGAGCUAAAGAUUUCCUGUUCAUAUCUGGAACCAAGAUGCGCACAUUUGCAAGAACUGGGGAGAACCCUCCUGAUGGUUUCAUGUGUCCUAGUGGAUGGCAAGUCCUAGUAAAAUAUUACGAGAGCCUGCAAGCUGAAGAAGAGGUCUCACAGAAAUCAGCUGUGCUGUCGUCUUAAUAUGCAACUGCUUGCUUAAGUUUCAACAUAUGGAUUCCUUGAAAGUGAAAUUUAAUUUAUUAUAGGAGAGCUUAUUGUGCGGCGAUAAAGUUUCUUUUUCAAUCGUUUUGCUGGCCUAUAUAUUAAUGAUUGUAACAUUUGGUCAGGGAAAGCAGUGCGACGAAAUCUGAAGAGUUUUGUACUGUACAUCUGUUCACCUAAUUGACAUAAUGAACAAUACACAAUACACAAAUUUUCUCUAUAA